AUGGGAGCUUCACUAUCGAAGGAAAAUGCCCUGCAGUCUCUCAAGAAAUACGACACUGUCUUGGUCGUGGACGAUUCACUUUCCAUGAAGUAUGAAAAUCGCUGGAAGGAGGCCCGAAGUGCACUGGCCGAGCUCGCAAGCGUAGCAGCCAAAUAUGACACCGAUGGUCUCACCAUCCAUUUCCUGAACUCCCCAGUGGUGGGACGCAAUGUAAAGAGCAGCCGCGACGUCAAGCGUUUGUUCGAUGACCAAACCCUUACCUCAGGCACCCCAAUAGGUGCAACACUCCAGAGAAUAGCCUUGGGGUAUAUGAAGACGAUUGAUGAGGCGAAAGGGUACCCAAAGGACGGCGAUGGCGCGUCGAAUGUGCCGCUUGUCAAGCCCUUGAACUUGAUUGUGAUAACCGAUGGGGCCCCCACCGACGACUUGGAAGCCGUGAUCGUGCAAAUUGCUAAAGAGCUGGACGCUAGAAAUCUCCCUGUCGCGUCCCUCGGGAUGCAGUUUGUGCAGAUCGGCGACGACCCAAUCGCAACCGAAUUCUUGAACCACUUGGACGAUAACAUUCGGAAGCAAUACAACAUUCGGGAUAUAGUGGACACGACCCCUGCUGAGCCCGGCCAGAAGUUGGACCUGGUCAAAAUCCUGAUAGGCGGCAUUAACAGGAGAGUAGAUAACAAGGGAGCGGAUGCGGUGAAGGAAUGA